AUGGGACCAUACUCUCACUCACAGUGGCCUUCUUGGGCCUAUGCGGGCGUGUCAACGUCCUUUCCAAACUACGCUCAAUACUCGACGUAUCCUGCCUAUCUGGCCGACUCCUUGGACACCUACCAGAGCCAUAAUGGCCGCGUCGCUCAACACCAACAAAUGUCGAGAACCACCGAAUCCAAACCCCGCCUUUCAAAAGAAGAGGUUGAAAUUUUGGAGGCGGAAUUCCAGAAGAAUCACAAGCCUAGCAGCUCCACAAAGAAGACGCUUGCCGAGUCCAUGAGAGUUGAUAAUGCCCGAAUCAAUAACUGGUUUCAAAACAGACGUGCUCGUGAAAAGAAGGAGAACAACAUAAGGGAAUACGAGGCGAAGCAGAGGUUGGAGAAGGAACAGGCUGAAGCUGGGGAUUGUCGGCAGUCCGAAGACGGCCGCCACUGUGACCUCGUCGGCUCAAGUGCCCCCUUUCCGCAACCUGCUGUUACCUUGAGGCAAAGCAUCGAGGAGUCCCCGUCACCAUCUGAGCAGUCUUGCCAUGAAACCAUGAGCGAGACCAAUGAGACUAGCCAGAGCGUUGAAACGGACUUUCCUUCGCUCCUGGCCCAUCCCGCCAAGCAGGAAGCCAGUGACGCCAAUGACCCCGGCCCCGGCCCCGGCUACUCCUGUUUCCCUCUUCAGAAAUGCAAGCCGGUCGUUGAAGACACCGACGACGCUUGCGCUCUCUCUGACCAAAUGGACGAAUUCCUGUCCCUGCCAGGCAGCUCAAUGCUUGGUCACGGCAUCAAGGACCUCAAUGGACAGCUGUUUACGGAAACUGUGGACACCCAAAGCAACCUGCAACAGCAUCUGGAAGCAAGCCUUGCUGCAGACUCUGACAUGAAGUCAUUAGAAGGACACGACAUCGCCUCCCGUCGAAACCGAAGGCCGGCUCCGCUGUCCAUUGCUGGCGGCAGAAGUAAAUCGUACACUGCUCGAUCGUCCGAUAUGCUGAGACGAGGGGAUCAGGAAAGCUGCAUGCGCAGAGUGUCUUCUAGCUCGGGCUCAGGUCGUGUUAUGAAGUCUGUUGCUAGCCCUCGAAGUCCAUUGCAUGAACGAAGUGUGGACGCCCUUCUUCAGAGACGACGGCCUUCGCCCACCGCGUCAGGUCGCCAUGGGUCUGCAGCGCCACCUACACCAGACACGCCUGUUGCUCUUCAACAGCAAGAACUCGUCGGCCCCUCGGUCUCUGCACUCUAUCCAUUGAAUGGGAAAUACACGCCACCAAACUUGGUAAUUCCCGACCCGACCCUGCGAACCCCACCCACCACGCCUGGCUUUUCCGACGGUCUAUUCCACCUGGGGGCCGGGUACGACAUGGCCAUCCCGGAAGAGACCCUGGUUGCCUCUGGCUUGGAUCGAAUGCACGACAGCGUUUGCAUGGGAGCACAUUCUGCCUCGUUCGGAAACUACGUGGCCAAUGCUCAAUGUUCAAACCAGCAACUGGGACCCAUCUAUUCAGCGCAAACGGGACAGACUUACUUCCAUUUCAUGGGUGCCGAUGAUAGCCCUGAUUACACCUGGUCAGAGAUGUCGCCGUCGACCGCAUCGACCGCAUCAAGCACCCAACAACAAUACAUGAGCCUCCACCAAAUUGACAGUUAG